CACACACACGCACACACACACACACACACACACACACACACACACACACAACCCGUGGCUGCACAGACGGAAACCCCACUCACGGAUCUACUUCCGGUCAGCAAGGUCACCCUCACGGAAGUCGCGCUCCGGGAUCCAGUUUCCGGUCCGGAAUCAGACGCGGAAGCGUCGCUCCCAGCCACGACAGGAGCUCGCAGCGACAGCGCGGACGGUAGCGACGUUGGCGAUGGCGCUGACAACAGUUGGUCACGUAGCGAUGGCGCCGUUGAUGAUGAGGAGGUGGCCACCCAGACAUAUGGCCGGACAAUGAAGGAUGUGCUUCGCAGUGUUAGAAGCAGCGUGCUCAAGCACCUACCCAGUCACGCCGCGGCGCCACCGGCGCACCCACACGACGACUCCUCGGACGCUUACCGUAACGAUCCGGAAGAUCUACUAGAACUCGGACUCAAGUACAAUCCGAUCUAUCAGGAUUCGGAUCCGGACAGCGGGGGCGGCAGUGAGCAGGAGGCGGCGGGUGACGGAGAGAGCGUGCGCGGCAGUCUACAGAGCGUGCGCGCCAGUCUACAGCUGCUCGACGCGGCAGGCGACGGCAGCGCCAGCGACGGCGAGCGGCCGAUUUACGCGGUGCCUUACGCUAAUCUAGAAG